GUAGAUGCAACGCCGGUUUUAAAUAUCAGUGCAGAAUGUCCCAUCAGAAGCUUUGGCUGCUGCUGCCCUCCUCUUUGUCUGCAGCGCUGAUUCCGCCCAGCACGCGUCUCGCUGUGGCCCAGAUUGCCUGCGAGUCCUUUUUCACAGUUAAGAGGUCAAUUUGCCUUUGAAACGAUAAAAAAAAAGAUAUCCACGCACACGCAGACGUGGCCAUUGUGCACAAAGACCAGAGGGUUUUCUUAUUACUUAUGUAUGCAGCGAGAUGUCUGAUUUAUAUGUCGGGUUAAACUACCGAGACAGACGCGUGCCCUCAAAAUAAAGGAAUACUCCUCCUCUAUAGAGCUUAUAUUAUAAAAUAAAAGCGGACAAAAAUAAAAGUUGCUAUAUUCAGUUGUGAGCAAAUAGUGUGCGUAAAGGUCGUGCGUAAAGAUGGCGCAAAGGUAUAGAGAGCGUGUAUUUUAAACCUGUUUUUGUGCUGCACAUUUCACCAACAUCUCAGGGAAUUUUUAGAAGGAACGAGCAUUUUUACAACCUUCUGAUUUUAAAUUUUAAAAAUGUUUAAAUCGUGAUGAUUUUAGCACUGAUGGACAUUUCCCUUUUAGCGACUCAGAGGCCCCCCAGAGGGGGGCCACAAAGCAGUGGCACGUGUGCAUUUGUGUAGGGGCCCAUCAGACCGUAAAAAGAGGAGGGUCCCGGCGUGUGCCUCGGUCGGGGGAGGGAGGCUGUGCGUGCAGCAUUAAUGUAAUAAACCGCCAGUACAUCUGCUGAGCUAUCUGCACAUCCUCCAACGAAAUCCACCGACCCCAGGCUCAGAGCCCUCCCACAAUAAAAUCCACUGGGAUCUUGGUUUCAUCCCAUUGGUCGGGGAUGCUGCAACAGGGGGGGGCGAGAACAAUAGCAUCAUUCCGGCAUAAAAAGAGUGGAGCUAUGCCUUGGAGACGAAAACAUUUCAGCAACAGAAGGAUCGAUAUAGAGGGGAGUAAAAAGUCCCUAAAAUUCUGGUGUUGCCAUAUUUUUUAAACCAACCUGGAUACUCCAGAUUUCAGCCACCUCUCCGAAGUGCCUUUCCGCUGUUACUCGCCAAGAUGCCCAAAGGAUUCCUGGUGAAAAGAAACAAGAAAUCCGCACAUGUUUCCUACAGGACUCGAGCUGAUGAGGAUGAUCUCCAGGAGCUACACACCCCAGCUGCCUUGCCAAGUCAGACGGACCCCUCCCCGCCGAUGUCCGUGGCGUCAAGCCCCGACCGCGCCUCGGUAUCACCAGAUUUCGUCGCAGCCGACGCGCCGGUGCCAAGGCUGGAAAAGCCGGAGCAGUUCGGCAAUCCAGAAGCGGUGUGCCAAGCCAUCUACAGCCCCACCCGACCCAUCAGCAAGGAGCACGACAGGGGAUAUUUUGAGCGAAGUUUCAAUCUGGGCUCGCCCGUUUCUGCGGAGUCAUUCCCCGCAGCCGCCUCGCUCUCUGGCCUGGACCACCUCCUGUACGCUCCGGUGGACCUGAAAAUCGGCACCAGCAACAGCAGCCGGGGCGGCGCAGCCAUCACAAACACCACCACCACCAGCAGCAGCACCAGCAGCAGCAGCAGCAGCCUAUCAGUACCAAACCACAGGGUCGCAACCAAAAGACCCGCCGCCGAGGGAGCAGAGCGAAAACCUAAAGCCGCCUCAAAGAAACCCAAAGCCAUCAGAAAGCUUAACUUUGAAGACGAGGUGACCACUUCUCCGGUGCUCGGGCUGAAAAUCAAAGAGGGGCCGGUGGAGAUGAAGCCGAGGGCGCAGUCCUCCGGGGGAACCAAACCUUUAGGGGAGUUUGUGUGCCAGCUGUGUAAAGAGGCGUACGCGGAUCCCUUCUCCCUGGCUCAGCACAAAUGCUCCCGUAUAGUCAGGGUUGAGUACCGGUGUCCCGAGUGUGACAAGAUGUUCAGCUGCCCGGCAAACCUCGCCUCUCACCGCCGCUGGCACAAACCGCGGACCAGCGCCGGCGCGCCGGCGGUGCCGCCUGCGCAGGGCGUCAAACCCGACAUGGCCAAAAUGCAGCCGCUGGGCGUCAAGUCAGCCUCCGACGAAACCAAAGACAUGAGUGACAGAGACACCCCGAGUCCCGGGUUGUCCGAGUCGGGCUCUGAAGACGGCUCGUACGACUGCCAGUUCUGCGGGAAGAGGUUCAAGCGGCAGGCGUACCUAAGAAAACACAUCAUGGCUCACCAGGCCCUGCAGAAGAAGGUACUGGAAGAGCACGGGUUUCAAACCAGCGACCGUGCAGCGGCCGAGCAAGCUCCAGUGUCCGCCCCUUCCGCCUCCUCCUCCUCUUCCUCCUCUUCCUCAGCAUCAUCAGAGGAAGCCUCAAACCAAAGCCCCCUGAAUCUGAGCCCGGUGGACUGCCUGCUGUGCACGAUGUGCGGGGAGAGUUUCACCAGCAGGGCAGGCCAGGAGAGACACCUGCGCCUCAUGCACCCCUCCCAGAUCUACCCGUGCAAAUACUGCCCCGCCACCCUCCCCAGCUCACCGGGGCUCACCAGGCACAUAAACAAGUGCCACCCCUCGGAGAACAGGCAGGUGAUCCUGCUGCAAAUGCCGGUGCGCCCUGCCUGCUGAAGACAACACAGAACUUGUGCCUUUGAUGGGGGAAAUACAAAAAAAAAAAAAAAAAUAAUAAUAAAAAUAGAAACAAAAAAGUGGCUUUGGGUUAAAAAAAAAAAGAUAAUAAAAAAGCUGCCCACUGCCAUAACUUUAGGCCAAUGAAAGGCAGGGCUGUUUGAUGUUUAAGUGGUGUCUUUUUCAUGCCAAUCAGUGAUUGUUGAAUGCUUGUCUCGAUAUUUAAUUUACUUAUAGGCCUAUUUUGAGAUUUUAUUUCUCAAAUUAGUUUAUCAAGAGGGGGAAAGUGAAUACAAAGCGUUAGUUUGACUGUUAAAGGGUAUUUUUCUAGCACAGCACAUGCUCAAUGAUAGCUUCUAGACCUAAGAAAUGUCUUAAAAAAAAAUCUCAGAAAUCUUUUUUUUUCUCUCCCCAUCAAAGUCUGUUGAAUUCACCGACCGUGAUUGCUCUAUCACUGUAGCUUUACGCUUGUUUGUGGAGGACAGAACUUUAUCAACUUUGUCUUGGUGGGAAAAAAAAAGAAAAAGUGUGACUGAAGAAUUUUCCCAGUUUAGUAGAACCACAAAUGCCUUUAGUAAACAGAAAAGCCUAGUCUUAAAUAGCCUGCAUACACAUCCAAAUCCUGCUGUAUAACUGCCUUAAAAAAGUCAACAUAGAUUGUUUUAAUUUUGAAUGCUGGCACAUAUUUUAUUCGAUUUAUUAUUAUUAUUAUUAUUAUUAUUAUUAUUAUUAUUAUUAUCAUCAUCGUUAUUAUUGAAGAUUGUUGCAAUAUUUUUCCAUCAUAUUUAUUUAUUUAUUCUAAUUAUUUUAUGUAACUUAUUGUUGUGAUUUCUUUUUUUUCCUCCCCUGUGAAUCGUCCUGGCAGUUUACAUGUCGUAUAGCCAAAUGUCUUUCAAUUAUUAUUAUUAUUAUUUUUUUCGGUUGCUGUCUUUUAUUUAUUAGUUGUGAUAAUUGUGGUGGGUCGGGUUUUAAUCAUCAAUCUUCACAGCUCUUGUGUUUUAAAAAAAAUAAUAAUAAAGAAAAACGUAAAGCUCUUACCUUAGAUGCAAUCUUUUUUAAGGACAAGUUAUUUUUCUUAAAUGUUGGCUUUUAUAGCGCUUUGAUUGUAUGUGUACAUCGUUGGUGUCUAUCGAAAUAAAAAAAAUAUUUUCAAAAAGA